AUGGGACACCCGUCCUUUCCGACGGCUGAUCAGGUUGGGUUUCAUAUCGGAAUAAAAAAACUAAAACUAUUUUUUUCAGCACAAUAUUUUUCAAGCCCCUUCGAACUGCGACAACGCGCUCCAUCACCGUCUAGCCCCACGGCUUCCUGCGUCUAGGAAGAGGGAAACUCCGUCCUUUCCGACGGCUGAUCAGGUUGGUUUCAUAUCGGAAUAAAAAAACUAAAACUAUUUUUUUCAGCACAAUAUUUUCAAGCCCCCUUCGAACUGCGACAACGCGCUCCAUCACCGUCUAGCCCCACGGCUUCCUGCGUCUAGGAAGAUGGGAAACUCCGUCCUUUCCGACGGCUGAUCAGGUUGGUUUCAUAUUGGAAUAAAAACUAAAAACUAUUUUUCAGCACAAUAUUUUUCAAGCCCCUUCGAACUGCGACAACGCGCUCCAUCACCGUCUAGCCCCACGGCUUCCUGCGUCUAGGAAGAGGAAACUCCGUCCUUUCCGACGGCUGAUCAGGUUGGUUUCAUAUCGGAAUAAAAAAACUAAAAACUAUUUUUUUCAGCACAAUAUUUUUCAAGCCCCUUCGAACUGCGACAACGCGCUCCAUCACCGUCUAGCCCCCACGGCUUCCUGCGUCUAGGAAAGAGGGAAACUCCGUCCUUUCCGACGGCUGAUCAGGUUGGUUUCAUAUCGGAAUAAAAAAACUAAAAACUAUUUUUUUCAGCACAAUAUUUUCAACCCCCUUCAAACUGCGACCACACGCUCCUCCACCGUCUAGCCUACGGCUUCCUGCGUCUAGGAAGAUGGGCACCCGUCCUUUCCGACGGCUGAUCAGGUUGGGUUUCAUAUCGGAAUAAAAAAACUAAAACUUUUUUUUUCAGCACAAUAUUUUCAACCCCCUUAAACUGCGACCACACGCUCCUCCACCGUCUAGCCUACGGCUUUCUGCGUCUAGGAAGAUGGGCGUCCGUCCUUUCCGACGGCUGAUCAGGUUGGGUUUCAUAUCGGAAUAAAAACUAAAACUAUUUUUUCAGCACAAUAUUUUCAAGCCCCUCCGAAGUGCGACAACGCGUUUCUUCAUCGUCUGGCCCCACGGCUUCCUGCGUCUAGGAAGAGGAAACUCCGUCCUUUCCGACGGCUGAUCAGGUUGGUUUCAUAUCGGAAUAAAAACUAAAACUAUUUUUUCAGCACAAUAUUUUCAAGCCCCUUCGAAGUGCGACAACGCGCUCCAUCACCGUCUAGCCCCACGGCUUCCUGCGUCUAGGAAGAGGGAAACUCCGUCCUUUCCGACGGCUGAUCAGGUUGGGUUUCAUAUUGGAAUAAAAAAACUAAAACUAUUUUUUUCAGCACAAUAUUUUCAACCCCCUUCAAACUGCGACCACACGCUCCUCCACCGUCUAGCCUACGGCUUCCUGCGUCUAGGAAGAUGGGCACCCGUCCUUUCCGACGGCUGAUCAGGUUGGUUUCAUAUCGGAAUAAAAAAACUAAAACUUUUUUUUUCAGCACAAUAUUUUCAACCCCCUUAAACUGCGACCACACGCUCCUCCACCGUCUAGCCUACGGCUUUCUGCGUCUAGGAAGAUGGGCGUCCGUCCUUUCCGACGGCUGAUCAGGUUGGGUUUCAUAUCGGAAUAAAAAAACUAAAACUAUUUUUUUCAGCACAAUAUUUUUCAAGCCCCUCCGAAGUGCGACAACGCGUUUCUUCAUCGUCUGGCCCCACGGCUUCCUGCGUCUAGGAAGAGGGAAACUCCGUCCUUUCCGACGGCUGAUCAGGUUGGGUUUCAUAUCGGAAUAAAAAAACUAAAAACUAUUUUUUUCAGCACAAUAUUUUUCAAGCCCCUUCGAACUGCGACAACGCGCUCCAUCACCGUCUAGCCCCACGGCUUCCUGCGUCUAGGAAGAUGGGCACCCGUCCUUUCCGACGGCUGAUCAGGUGGGUUUCAUAUUGGAAUAAAAAAACUAAAAACUAUUUUUUUCAGCACAAUAUUUUCAAGCCCCUACGAAGUGCGACAACGCGUUUCUUCAUCGUCUGGCCCCACGGCUUCCUGCGUCUAGGAAGAUGGGCGUCCGUCCCUUCCGACGGCUGAUCAGGUGGGUUUCAUAAUGGCAUAAAAACUAAAACUAUUUUUUCAGCACAAUAUUUUCAAGCCCCUACGAAGUGCGACAACGCGUUUCUUCAUCGUCUGGCCCCACGGCUUCCUGCGUCUAGGAAGAUGGGCGUCCGUCCUUUCCGACGGCUGAUCAGGUGGGUUUCAUAUUGGAAUAAAAACUAAAACUAUUUUUUCAGCACAAUAUUUUCAAGCCCCUACGAAGUGCGACAACGCGCUCCAUCACCGUCUAGCCCCACGGCUUUCUGCGUCUAGGAAGAUGGGCGUCCGUCCUUUCCGACGGCUGAUCAGGUGGGUUUCAUAUCGGAAUAAAAACUAAAACUAUUUUUUCAGCACAAUAUUUUCAAGCCCCUCCGAAGUGCGACAACGCGUUUCUUCAUCGUCUGGCCCCACGGCUUCCUGCGACUAGGAAGAUGGGAAACUCCGUCCUUUCCGACGGCUGAUCAGGUUGGGUUUCAUAUCGGAAUAAAAAAACUAAAACUAUUUUUUUCAGCACAAUAUUUUUCAAGCCCCUUCGAACUGCGACAACGCGCUCCAUCACCGUCUAGCCCCACGGCUUCCUGCGUCUAGGAAGAUGGGCACCCGUCCUUUCCGACGGCUGAUCAGGUGGGUUUCAUAUUGGAAUAAAAACUAAAACUAUUUUUUCAGCACAAUAUUUUCAAGCCCCUCCGAAGUGCGACAACGCGUUUCUUCAUCGUCUGGCCCCACGGCUUCUUGCGUCUAGGAAGAGGAAACUCCGUCCUUUCCGACGGCUGAUCAGGUGGGUUUCAUAUCGGAAUAAAAAAACUAAAAACUAUUUUUUUUCAGCACAAUAUUUUCAAGCCCCCUUCGAACUGCGACAACGCGCUCCAUCACCGUCUAGCCCCACGGCUUCCUGCGUCUAGGAAGAUGGGCACCCGUCCUUUCCGACGGCUGAUCAGGUGGGUUUCAUAUUGGAAUAAAAAAACUAAAACUAUUUUUUUUCAGCACAAUAUUUUUCAAGCCCCUACGAAGUGCGACAACGCGUUUCUUCAUCGUCUGGCCCCACGGCUUCCUGCGUCUAGGAAGAUGGGCGUCCGUCCUUUCCGACGGCUGAUCAGGUGGGUUUCAUAUUGGAAUAAAAAAACUAAAAACUAUUUUUUUCAGCACAAUAUUUUCAAGCCCCUUCGAACUGCGACAACGCGCUCCAUCACCGUCUAG